ACCGCAACCCACAAGCACACCAACAAAACAAACAAACCUCAAUCCUUGCCCGGUUCCGAUUCACAUGACAUUAUCCGAAGUCUCGUGACCCCACCCCCUACACACAACAAUCACAUUCACACAGUUGGCCUACAAUGGACCACACGCGCGCCGUCCGACCACCCCCCGGCGCCCGUCGCAACCUCUUCCAUCCCACACGACGCCAGAACCCAACCGCCGUACGUCCUGACACAGCUACAGUAUUCCAGCAGCCCAUGGAAGACGAGCUGGUCGAGCGGGCGCCAAACGGCGAGUAUGCGCUGUAUGCGCCGCAGACGGUGUACAAGCACAUGGCGCUAGGGCUGGGUAAUGGGAGGGAAAGUGAUGAAGAGACUGAGCAGGAAAACCAGAUGAUCGAGCUCUACGGGCAGCAGAACGCGCAUUGGGAUAAGGAGGCUGUGAAGGCUGAGGUCAAGACUGCGUUGAAGUCGAGCUUGGCGAAAAAGGUGGCGCGCUUGGAGGAUGACAAGUGGAUGUUUGAGGGGGAUGGGGAUGCGCUGGGGAAGAAGUAGGG